AUGCUUCGAGUCAACAGUGAAAGAAGGCUCUUCAAUGGCGUUUGCAACACCCACCUUAACUCUCUCCUUAAACAAAGGAAUUUUUCCUACAAACCCAGUGAAGAACCGCAUACAGACUGGUUUCCUCCUCCGCGUCCUCCUUCCCAUCCUCAGUCGUCCUCCAGGUCUGUUGUCAGAAACGUAUGUUCUUUGGUCUGUCAAUCAUAUUAUCAGCAACAAACCCAUUUCAAAUCCACACCCACUCAGCUUACUCUUCCGAUUGCUUCUGAUUCUUUAACUACCGAAGAAGCAAUCACCGUCGUCGCAUCCCUCGCCGACGAGGCCGGAUCAAUGGUGGCUCUGAGUUUCUUCUAUUGGGCAAUCGGGUUUCCGAGUUUCAGACACUUUAUGAGGUUCUACGUCGUUGCAGCAACGUCGUUGAUCGAAAAUGGAAAUUCAGAGAGGGCCCACGAAGUGAUGCGGUGUAUGGUGAAGAACCUGGCGGAGAUCGGCAGGUUGAAGGAGGCUGUUACUAUGGUUAUCGAGAUGAGAAACCAAGGCUUAGAGCCAUGUACUCAAACCCUAAAUUGUCUUCUCGGAGUCGCUAAGGAGAUGGGUUCCAUUGAACUUGCAAGGAAGGUGUUUGUCGAAAUGUCUGAAAGAGGUGCAUUUCCUGAUUCUUCCACUUUCAAGAUUCUAAUCAUCUCAUACUGCAAAACUAACGAAAUUUCCCAAGUUGAUCAAUGGUUAAUCGCAAUGUUAGACAAGGGAUUUCUCUUAGACAAUGCAACUUGUACACUAGUUCUCUCUACUUUUUGUGAAAAGGGUCAUAUUAAUCGAGCACUAUGGUUUUUCCACAAGAUGAUUGGGAAUGGAUUAACACCCAAUGUUAUCAACUACACCACUUUGAUAAACGGAUUAUGUAAAAGAGGAAGCAUCAAGCAAGCUUUUGAAUUGUUAGAGGAAAUGGUUAGAAAAGGAUGGAAACCAAAUGUGUAUACUCACACAGUGUUAAUCGAUGGCAUGUGUAAAAAAGGGUGGACUGAUAAAGCAUUUAGGCUUUUUCUAAAGCUUGUGAGAAGUGAAUCCUAUAAACCCAAUGUCCUUACUUACACUGCUAUGAUCAAUGGAUACUGCAAAGAAGGAAAAGUCAACCGUUCAGAAAUGUUGUUGACCAGAAUGCAAGAACAAGGUUUGGUUCCAAAUGAGAACACUUACACUACUCUCAUAAAUGGACAUUGCAAAAAUGGGAAUUUAAAUCGGGCAUUUGAAUUGUUACAUGAGAUGCAAAAAGAAGGUUCACCUCCAAAUAUGUAUACGUAUAAUGCAAUUAUUCAUGGGUUGUUUAAAAAAGGAAGAAUUCAAGAAGCAUACGAACAAUUGGAGAUAUGUUUAAAACAAGGAUUACAACCCGAUGAAGUGACAUAUAACAUUCUAAUAAUGGAAAAGAGUAAAGAAUCGGAUAUUAAACAUGUAUUAGUGAUAUUAAGUAAGAUGAUUAAGAUUGGUGUAAAACGUGAUAUACAUUUGUACACCACUUUAAUAUCAAGAUUUUCUUGGAUGAAAAGAAUGGAUGAAAGCGAGAGGCUUUUUGAUGAUUUAGUGAAAAAUGGAUUAAUCCCAAGUAAGGAAACUUACACUUCUAUGAUUUGUGGGUAUUGUAGAGAAGGGAAAGUUGAAAAUGGUAGAAAAAUGUUUGAAAAAAUGAGUGAAAAUGGUUGUUUACCCGAUAGUAUUACUUAUGGUGCUCUUAUAAGUGGACUUUGUAAAGGGUCAAAGUUAAAUGAGGCUAAAUCAUACUAUGAUGCUAUGAUUGAAAAAGGACUUGUUCCAUGUGAAGUUACUCGUUUGACAAUUGCUUAUGAGUAUUGUAAAGUGAAUGAAUUGAGUAAAGCCAUGGAGGUUGUUGAUAGAUUAGAGAAGAAGUUGUGGGUUAGAACAUUGAAUACUUUGGUGAGAAAGUUAUGUAGUGAGAAGAAAGUGGAGAUUGCAGUGCCAUUUGUUCAUAAAUUGAUUGAUAAAGAGAAGAAUUUGGAUCGAAUAAUGCUUAUGGGUUUUGUUACUGCGUGUUAUGAUAGCAAUCAUUAUGCUAUUGUUUCUGAUAUAUCAGAAAAGAUAUCAAAAGGAAUUGGUUAG